CGACCUGCGGCACGGAGACGUGCACCCUCCCCAACCUGUGCCUGACCGUCACCAAGACCGUCAAGAAGAUGAUCGAGGUGCCCGUCACCGAUUGCGCGGACCCCAAGCUGGUGUGCAAGGAGAUCUCCAAGGAGUGCGGCGACACCUCGUGCGCCUACGACGAGGUCUGCAAGGUCGACAAGGUCUGCAAGAAGGUCUAUGGGUAUGGCUACCCCUACCCCGCCCCUGAGGAGGUCGACCCCGAGGACGAGACGCCGUACUACGGCUACCCCUACCCCUACCCCGAGGUGGCCCCCGAGGAGGACAAGGCUGCCCCCGCCUCCGCCGUCGCCAAGGCCGUCGCCACCUCCGAUGGUGGUCCCGCCUCCGCCAACGCUGUGGCCAAGGCCGGCGGCAAGAGCCUGCUUGGUGCCUACGGCAAGUACCCCGCCAAGUACCCCGAGGUCGACGCCGCCGCUGAGGACCCCGCCUACCCGUACCCCGGCAAGGUCGCCUGCAAGGAUGUCUACUCCUGCGAGGCAGUCGACCCGAAGGUGUGCAAGACCGUCACCCACGAGGUGUGCGUGAAGAAGGACCCCAAGUCCUACGCGCCAGGCUACUACAAGGGCUACCCUCUGGGCUGGGCUCCGGGUUACAAGUACGGCCAGCCUUGCGGCGGCAGCGUCUGCGAUCCCGGCUCAUUCUGCGCCACCUGCGAGGUCGAGGUCUGCAAGGACGCCGUUUUGGAGAAGGACGCUGCCCAGUGCGGCUACGACGCCAAGGGUGUCCCCACCUUCUGCCCCGCCGGCCACAUGUGCACGGAGCUCUGCGCGCCCGUCAAGAAGUACAUCGCCGUGGAGGUCCAGGUGCCCGUGUGCGUGGACCCCACCGACGAGACCUACGCCGACGAAGUGGCCGCCGGUGUCACGGACUGCGGACCCCACAAGUGCCUGCCCGGCUACGAGUGCAACUCCGCCCCCGUCAAGGUCUGCGGCGCGUACGAGGACCCCGCUGAGGAGGAAGCAGACGACACGCUGCACGGCUACUACUUCUUCUACGACCCCACGGCCACCGAGGACGCCGCUGACGACACCAUGCCAGGGUACUACUUCUACCCCCACGACGCCGCUGGCGACGCCUCCGGCUGCGGCUACUACCUGUACCCUCAGCCCGACAUCUCGGUGGACGAGGACGUGAAGACCGUGCCGUACUACUACUACUACCCCAGCCCCGCCGAACAGGCCGCGCCCAUGGACCCGUACUACUACUACUACCCCGCGCCGACGACUGACAACAGCGCCGACACGCCGUACUACUACGGCUACCCGUACGCGCCCAAGGACGACUACUCCACCGACCCGCACUACUACUACCCCUACCCCGAGCCUGAGCCCGCCGCUCAGGACCCCUACUACUACAAGCCCGCACCAGUGGACCCCUACUACACCUACGCCCCUGAGGCCCCGGCAACCAAGCCAGGCACGGUGUCGGCUGUGGCCAAGUCCGACGGCAAGAACGUCUACGUGUGGGGCUCCAGCGACACCACCGGCGACGCUAAUGCCACGUUCAACGCCUACGCUGGGGCAGGGGAAGACACCUACGCCGAAGUCGACGGCGGGAGCGGGCCUGGAGCGGAUGGCAAGGGCAAGGCCAACGUGUACUGCGACACCGCCGCCGCGGACGGGAAGGUCGCUGGGUGCGACGGCUCCGCCACCCACACCAACUAG